UCUCUUCUCCAGGAUAAAGGGGUCGAUGAGAUUGUCCUCAAAGCCACUGGUAGAGCGAUCAAUAAGACUGUUAUGAUUGCUGAAUUAAUUAAGAGGAGGAUUGUUGGUCUUCAUCAAAAUACAACAACAGGCUCUAUUGAUAUAACUGACACCUGGGAGCCCCUAGAAGAAGGCCUUCUUCCUCUGGAAACCACCCGUCAUGUUUCAAUUAUCACAAUUACUUUGUCUAAGAAGGAGCUGGAUUUGUCCUCUGCAGGAUAUCAGCCACCACUUCCAGCUGACCAAGUGAAACCUUUGGCAGAAUAUGAUGAUGAAGAGGCCUCUCCUGGCAACCAAGGCAAAGGACGUGGUGGUCAAAGAAGGAAUGGAGCAAACAAUAAUGGCAUGACUGAUUAUGCUAAUGGAUUUCAAGAUGGUGGGCGUGGAUACGGGGGUAGAGGAAGAGCUCGGGGAAGAGGGUAUGGUGGAAGAGGCUUCAGAGGGCGUGGAAGGGGUUACGGUGGCGUAAAUAUGCAGCAGGAGUCAGGCUAUUACAAUGGUUAUGGUGCCCCAGGUCCUGCUCGUGGACGUGGUAGGGGAAGGGGCCGUGGGCAGGGGCGAGGACAAGGCUUCCGAACAGAAGUAGCAGCCCAAACAACUGCAUGCGUAGCAGUUGUCUGAGUUGCAAGCUGAAUGGAGGUAUUGGAUGCCUGCUCUGCUCUUUCUUCCAGAAAAAUGAAUGGACUUUAGACAAGUUGGGAAUGGUUUAAGUUAUAGAAACUUGUUCUGUAGGCUGCCAUUUUUGUAGGAAGUUAGAUAAGAUUAUCUUCAGUUCAUCAUUCACUCUAAUUGUUGUAUCAUCUUCUAGACUUUUGUAUUCUUUCUUAGAAAUAAUAGAGCAGUACGUUUCUUUUUGUUUUACUGCA